AAUAUCUUAAUGUGGGUGUAUAAAUACGAGGGCCUUCCUCAAUCCAUAGUCUUAAUUCUUCCUACGAAAGCUAUACUCUAUCUAAAUCUCCCUUUUAGAAGUUCCUGUUUGGCUGUUCACUCACUUAACCAAAAAAAAAAGAAAAAAGGAAGCCCUAAUAAUUAUUACAGCAAAGUUGCAGUGAGGCAGGCAGUAGUACUUUCGAUCGGUUACUGUGAAUUAAAGCAUGAACCAUCCUCCUCAAGCCGAUGAUGAAAUGGUACUCUUGUCUCAGUACUAUCCUGACGACGACGCCAUUUACUCACACUUCGUACCUCCUCAGCACCACCCCCAAGCGGCGACGGCGGCGGCCGGAAAUUCGAAGCCGCGGCGGCGGAGGAAGAAGAAUAAAGGUGGCGACGGCGGCGGCGGCAGCGACGGGAUUAUGAGGAAGAGGAAGCUGAGCGAGGAGCAAGUGAGUUUACUUGAGCAGAGCUUCGGCGACGAGCAUAAGCUUGAGUCGGAGAGGAAGGACCGGCUGGCGGCGGAGCUCGGCCUCGACCCCCGUCAGGUCGCCGUCUGGUUUCAGAACCGCCGCGCGCGGUGGAAGAGCAAGAAGCUUGAGGAAGAAUACUCUAAGCUCAAAUCACAGCACGAUUCUGCCAUCAUCGACAAAUGCCGCCUUGAGACUGAGCUCGUGCAGCUCAAGGAACAACUCAACAAUGCGAAGAUGGAAAUCCAACGGUUGACGGAGCGAAUGGACGGAUUUUCAAGCAAUAGCCCGAGCUCGUCGUUUUCAAUGGACGCUAUAGAUCAUCCGCCCUAUUUCGGAAUGGACGGUCUGGAUAGCGUCUUCUACCAAGUGGGCCCCGACAACAACGUUAAUUAUGCUCAUGGGAUGGAAUGGGACAACCUAUACUAUGUGUAAAUUAAUUAAUUAAUUAUUAAUUAAUUACAUUAGUAAUUAUUACUGUUAUUAUUAUUAUUAUUAGCAAUUAAUAAUGUGGGUAAUUAGUGGGGGCAAUUUCUGUAGAUAGGCUACUUACUGACUAAUCUCCUGUAAAUUACUGCCGAAUUUUCCACUUGGCUUUCUGGGGUCGUUUAAUUAGCUAAUUAAUUAAAUUAAUUAAUUAUUAAUUUGGCAAUGGCUAGCAAUUAUUAUGUACGAACAGUAAUUAUU